AUCCUUAUUAUGUAGCAAAUACCACAGUUAAAUCAAAAUGUCAUGGAGGCCAUCCAAAGAACAAGAACCCAAGAUUCGCGGGAACUUGGGGAACAUCAAUCUCUUCAUGCGACUCUCCUAUGAGUUUGGUGAAUGCAACAUUUAACUGGUUAGAAAGAAAUUGGAAAGAAGGAUUAGACUUUAUCAUAUGGACGGGUGAUAACUCUAGGCAUGAUAACGAUAAUAGCAAACCACGAACAUCUCAUGAAAUUUUUGAAUUAAAUCGAAUGAUUGCAUCGAAAUUUCUUGAAACGUUUUCCACUAGAGGAAUACGAGGAAAAAAUAAGCCACGAGUUAUACCUAUAGUUCCAUCAAUAGGAAAUCAUGAUAUUUUUCCUAAUAACAUUCUUUUACCCGGGCCAAAUGAUAUACUUGCAAAUAUUCAUAAAAUUUGGGAACCUUUUAUACCUGGAAAUCAACGAGCAACAUUCCUUAAAGGAGGAUAUUUUUAUAACGAAGUAAUUCCUAACAAACUUAUGGUUAUAUCAUUAAAUACUUUAUAUUUUUAUAAUUCCAACACUGCUGUUAGUGGAUGUAAAGCACCAAAUCAACCAGGAACAAUUGAAAUGGAAUGGUUAACAAAUGUAUUAAAAAGGGCUCGAAAACGAGGAAUGAGAGUUUACCUUAUUGGUCAUGUAGCUCCAAGAAAGAAACAAUAUACGAAAUCUUGUUAUAGAGCAUACAAAAAGAUUUCAAUAGAUUUUCAUGAUCUUAUAUUAGGACAUUAUUAUGGUCAUUCAAAUAUGGAUCAUUUCUUUUUUAUUGGAGCAAAGAAUGAUUUGGGCAAAUUUAAACAUUACGAUAAUUAUGAUAAAGAACAAUUUAAAACAUUAGUCAACAAAUCACCAUCCAAAAUUAACAAAUACCUGGCCAAACUUUAUAAUCAUUAUCGAUCAGUUCCUCCACUUACUAAAGGUGUCGGUAAAGAAUAUGCGGUUAUUCAUAUCAAUCCAUCUAUAAUUCCUGUAUUUUAUCCAGCAUUAAGAAUCUUUAAAUAUAAUACGACUGAAGGUCAAGAUCCUAAUGCACCUUCUCAUAUAAAUACAUUCCUUACACCGUUAGGAUAUACACAAUAUUUUAUUAAUCUUACAGUUAGUAAUUUAUUCCCAGAUGAAGAACCAGAAUAUGUGGUUGAGUAUUCAACUUGGGUUGAUUAUCAUAUGAAAGACCUAACUGUACCAAGCUGGAUUAACUUGGCACGAAAAGUCACCAAUCAAAAGUUGAGUCAAAAUUUGAGAAAUGUGUUGUGGAAAAAAAUUGAGGAUAACUUGGUAGUUGGUACGAAACCGUUGAUAGAAACCCAAAAUAUCGAAAGUUUAUCCAAAGAACCUGAAGAUUUUUAUGAUUUCUGA